UGUGCAUGAACACAUAACGGUCAGAACUGCUGACUAUUCUAGCGUAUAAUGAUCAGCUUUCUCUCAAUUUUAUGAAUCUUCAAUUACGUUAACUCUUCAACAUGAAUGAAGAUUCGAGAGUAGAUAUACAGGUCAUUCAAAACCACACAACUUUCUGCUCAAGAAAGUGGAUAGUGAAACGGGGAUGUUUUACAGACAAUGGUGUUGGGAUCCAUGCAUGUGGCGCCCAAAUCAAGCUGAAGACCAUGUUGACGCAGACUACCCAGGACUAAAGUGUCUUAAGACAGUCCCAGAUGUUAACGCACCUCCAGAUUACGUGCAGCCUUCACUUCAUAAGCUUGAAGUAUCCCAACUUAAACGUGAUCUGCCAGGUAGAUUUGGUGCUCGGAUACCAGCCGAUGCCAAUGCCUGGUGGCAAUACUACAUUGACAGUUUAGAGAAUCUGACUGAGGUAAACAUUGUGUUUAAUUUUGUUAGCAAAAUAUAGAGAGAAUUGCUAAAAAAAUGCCAUCAUCAUAUGUG